UGCGAUCAGAUUAAUAUAGUGAGACUGAAAAGCGAGUCUUGUCCGACUCUCACUGGGUUGUUGCAUGUGACAGCAGGUUUAGGGAUCGCAGUAAAUUUGAAUAAACUAAUUGUGUGUACAAACGGUCAGUGUCAGCGCAUGUGUUGUGCCACAUAGCAAACGCUGCAGUAAACCGUUGUCUCGGGCUUCAUAGUCCGGGUCGCCGGGUGGUUAAUCAGUUUAAGAGUUUAAAUUAGCCUGGCCGCCAGCUAACGGCUAGCUAACAUCUCAAUAGCAGCAAAUGAAGGAGCAGGCUUGAGCUUCGACGUUUAGCUGAACUGUUACACUUUCUGUCUGAAGAAAGAACGAAACAAUGGCAGAAUGAAUUCAGAAAGCUUUAUUUAUCACGUCACGGGCAAGUCCAUGACCGUGUCCUCUCUGCAGUCCAAACAUCAUGCUUCCCCAGGCGGGUAAAGAGUUUCUGGUCCGGAUACGGUUCUUCUGGAGGCCGUUUUUUCAGGGCCGGUACCUGCUGUUCACCAACACCCUGAGCUGUGGAGGCAUGCUGGCGCUGGGAGACUGCUUACAGCAGAGCCGGGAGAUCCACAAGGAUCCAGGCAGAGUCCGAGACUGGAAGAGGACAGGCUCCAUGUUUUUGGUGGGCUGCUCCAUGGGUCCAUUACUGCACUACUGGUACGGCUGGUUGGACAGAGUGUAUGUCGGAAAAGCGAUGAACACUGUGGCCAAGAAGGUUCUGGUGGACCAGCUGCUCGCCUCACCGACAAUCGGGAUGUGGUAUUUUUUAGGUAUGGGUCUCACAGAGGGACACACUUUAUCUGAAGGAUGGGAGGAGUUUAAAGACAAGUUCUGGGAGUUUUAUAAGGCAGACUGGUGUGUUUGGCCUGCCGCUCAGAUGAUCAACUUCUACUUCCUGUCCCCUAAAUACCGCGUUGUGUACAUCAACUUCAUCACCUUAGGGUGGGAUACCUACCUGUCCUACCUCAAACACAGAGAUAACAGCCACCCUGCUUCAGUGAUAUCAGACAGCAGUGCUGUAGAUGGUCAGCAGGAAGCACUCCCACCAUCCAAACCUCUGGAGGAAAAAGCUUAGACACGGACUGUAAAGGCGUUAAUGGGAGGCAUAAGAACAUUUUGCCGUUCUUACGUGUUCUGUGAGAUGCUGUGAGAUUUCAGUAACAGCUUGUGUUAUUUGGAAGGCCUUUUUCCUCCGACAAACCACUCCUUCCUCAAGUCUAAAGUGACCAUGUGUGUCUGAACUCUGAGGAAAGUGCUGGAACGCUGUGCCCUUCAUGUCUGUAGAUUUUUAAUGCGUCUCUGUCCAGUUUGUCAUCCAGGGAUGAAAAGCUGUUUCACUGCCUGUCGUCCUCAUACCUCCGAUGGUUGUGGGUUUUCUGUUUAUCACAGCUCGGGCUUGAGCAGAACUGCUGGCAUUAAGCCACCUAACAGACAUUUCCAAUACUUCUGACAUCAAGUAUGCAACAACAGAACAAGAAUCGUCCUCGUGCUGUUGAUGCGCCCCUUUAAUUUCAGUGCUGUUUUAUGUGUCUGCUUUGACAUGAACGGCUCAUUAGUGUUAAACAGCUUUGCUAAAUAGCUGCUGUUUUUAAAUGUCUAUUAUAUUGACUUAUAAUAUAUUGUAUAUUAUAUUUGCCUUAUUAUGUAAACAUGCCAAAUGAUCUCGUCGUCAGUUUGUUCCUUUAACGUACUUAAAAGAAUAAUUGCAUAAUUGUAGUUAUUAUUAAAGGACGAGACUACUGUUUUUGUGUUUUAGAGGUUUUUAUGUCAGCCUCCCAAAAGACUUUGUUUAAGUGUUCAAAUCUGAACGAUAUCCAUCCAAAUAGCCAUGUUUAAGUGUCAGAAUGCUAUUUUUCUAAGCCCUUUUUAAAACUCAUUUCCCAAGAGUCCACUUUGGGAUUAUUUUUGCGCUUUGUAACGUAACCCCCCCGAAACAAGCAGAAGAUAAGCUUUUAUUUCUCUGAUUCACUGCUUUGUUCGUGCUAACGCUGCUCCCUCUCUCAGUUCACUCUGUCGCUCUUCAUCCAUCUCUUCGUCUCCCUCGUUGAGCUGGGGAAUAACUUUGCAUAUUUUUCAUAUUUCUACAAAUCGCAACCGUCAAAACCACGAAGAUUUAAUUAUAAAAUCAUCUCUCCAUGAUCACAGUGUUAGCAAACUUGUUUUUUGCUAAGGGCUGAAUGGGAGUUUGCAUUUUAACAAUCUGAAAAAAAACAUUGGAGUCGCCCUUUAAAUAUAAGAUCAUAUGUAUUUUUAAUCACAUGAAACUGAAUGCUUGACUGUACUUGAUUCCUGAUAGAAUUAAGAUGUGAAAUUUGUUUAUUUUUGAACCAAGCAGUUUGACUUUAUGUACUGUGCUGUUUAUCUGCAGCAACUAAUUUAUUCAGAAUUGAGUACGUUUACUUUUGGCAUGUCAGGUGAUGAAUCAGUUCAUGUGAUUUGAUUUGUUUCUUUUGUUAUUGUUGGAUUAAAAAAAAGAAAAUGAAAUGACAUGAAAUCAUUAAAUUUAACUUAAAUUGUU